AUGCCUUCUGUUGGUCUUCAUAUUGCAUAUCUUCAAUGGCUGGUUCAUCUUCUCCUUGGUGCAAAGCAAGAAGAGUUUUCAUCAGAGUUCAUGCUCAACACCCUUAGCUUGCCUUUCCUCGUAACUCAUGCUCAAGGCUAUGUCUCUCAGCUCACCAAUACUCUUGGCUCAGUAUCCCAUCAGUUGGUAACGAUCUCAGCUCCUGCUCCCAGCUCUGUCAUCCUCUCAGCUGCCAAAGUUCCUAGCUCAUGUCUACAGCGCAUUCUUCCAUUAGCUAUCAACGCUCUCAGCCAAGGGCAAAGUUGUUAG